GAAAGGAUUCCUCUACUUGUGAAUGGAUGGUGGCAUGCAGAUAUAAGAAGAGGGUGCCAACAACAGGCUUACAUUCACAAUACAGUAAAUAGUUUUUAUUCUCGGUCUCACAGAGCUGUUACAGAAUAAAUAUGGUUAAUUCUUCAUACCACAUAGCAAUAGCAUAUUUAUUUAUCAUUUUGUGUUUACAAAAAUGUUUUUCUCUUUCAUAUGAGCCUUACAGAGUAGGAGAAAUUAUAAAACAGGGAGAAUAUCCAGUGACAAUAAGUGACAUUGUAUUCCUGAUAAGAAGUCAGAAGGACCCAGUACAUUUGAAGCGUGCAAAGCAAGUACGAUAUGAUAUUCAGCAACAGUGUAGAAUCCAGAACUUGGGUGAUCCAGAAAUUUUGUUAUUGAGUGAAGACAUUACAAGCAGUGGCCAGUGGACCAUUCUGCCAAUUUUACCCCAAAUUAGAAAAUUGCACAAGGACAAGAAAUGGAUUUUCCUGAGUGAGGAAGAGUCACGUGUCAGUGUGCUAGGCCUCAUUAAUGUUCUUAGCAAUUACAACUGGAAUGAGGAGUUGUUCCUGGGCAAAGCUUUACGAGAUGAAGAUCCAACUAUUAUACAUCAUUUUCGUUUCUUUAACAAUCCUUCAGUCUUCUUCUUCCCAGACUUUGAAGCUGGGUGGCUGUUGAGUGCACAAAUUCUUAAAAGUUUUGUAGAACGAUGGGAGAAAGGCAGUAUUAAGAUUGACUUUUCAAUUGAUGUCAAACAUGAGAUAGCAUAUUUUCUAUGGGAUGAGGGUAAAGGCAUUAAGUUGACCGCCGUUCCCCAACUAUGCUCUGGUAACGUUCCUAGCAACCAGAACCCAUUGUCUGAUGAAGAAAUCAUUAGUAGUCUCGAAACGGAUGUCGAUUUAGCAAAAAUUUCUGACUGUGUGACAUCACAUCCUGUUGAUUUGCAGAAGUGUGGAGAACCUGUUUCCUUAGAUGAUAUAUUUUUUGGUGUGAAAACAUGUGAAAAGUUCCACAAAGAUCGAGUCUCUGUUGUUCAGAAAACUUGGGGAAAAUAUGCAAAGAAUCUGAUAUUCUACAGCGACGUUGAAGACAAGUCAAUACCAACCGUUUCUACUGGUGUUCCAAAUACAGAGAGAGGCCACUGUGGUAAGCUGUUUGCUAUCUUCAAGAGUUUCCAUAGUGAUGCACAACUAAAGGCAUUUUCAUGGUUAGUAGUAACAGAUGAUGACACAAUUCUCAGCGUAGCAAGACUGCAGCAGUUUUUAUCAUGCUACGAUUCAACACAACCUGUAUUCCUUGGUGAACGCUACGGAUUCGGAUACAUGAAGAAUGGUUAUGGUUACGAUUACUUGACAGGAGGGGGAGGAAUGAUCUUCAGUCGUGCCGCCAUUGCUGGGCUUCUGGCUUCUGGUUGUAAAUGUCGAAGUAACGAUGACCCUGAUGACAUGAUGGUUGGCAGUUGUGCCCGUCAAUAUGAUUUCAUAAUCACACACACUCCUCUCAUGCAUCAGGCAAGGCCAAAUGAUUAUGCCAAAGAUUUUCUUGCACACCAAACUCCAAUAUCAUUUCAUAAACACUGGAACAAUGACCCAAUCAAAGUUUACAAGCAAUGGUUUUCAGAAGAAGACAGUCAUCUGAAGAUAUGGACCAAACAGUUUGAUAACAGAACAAAUAAGAGAGAAGAACUAUAGGCCUGUUGGCAAAUAUUGAUAGAAAAAUCUGAGGUUAUUUAUAUGACAGAGUCUAAGAACUCCAUGUGUUUAAAUGGCGUGAAAGAACAUAAUUUGUGUUUACUGGGAAUGGACAGAAAGAUAAGAGAAUUCUUAAAAGAGGUACAAAAUUGGAUUGGAAUAGGCUAGGUUGAUGACAAUUUGAAUUGCGUACAGUGGUUUCAUAAACCAAGAUUUCGGAAUGUUGCCAGAGUGGCUCUUUCAUGAAUAUAUGCUAUUGUUGAGUAUACAGUGCUUUAGCAAUGUGAAACUAGAUGUGAAUGAAGAGUAUGCACUGCAUUAACCAAUUGAAUGGUGGCAAAUACAGGAUGUUUCAUUUCAAUAGGCAAGGAUGAAUGCAGAUGAUCUUCCUCAUUCGCUGUAUCUUGUUGCUUAUAGGUUACAUGCAAUCAAACCUCCACACACAUACCAAUACCCUGGUCGGGGGGAAGGGGGGGUGGUGGUAACUCCUCAUUGGACAGGCUUGGACAUGAUGCUGUACAUUCCGUUGUCCAAUGUUUGCCCAAAAAUAUUAAUAUGCUUAUACAAAUACCGAGGCUGAAUAAUGACAAUCCCUAAUAUUGUGGUUUCCUCAUGAACCCCACCCUGAACAAGGCACUAGUUUUUUUGGAGCUACCAUUGCUCUUCAAGAUGCCUAAUUUAACAGGUGUUGAAAAUGUCAGUUUCCUAAAUUAUGUUCAAUUUGAUAUUUUAAUUAAAGAGUUUCUUGUCAUUUCUGUUUAAUGUUUUAUCUGGACAUUUAAUGUUUUAAAUUUUUAAACGUGGAUAAAAUAUUAUUUAUUAAGUAAUUAUAUUUACUUUAUAAUACUUAUGUAUUUAUGAAAAAGGAGUAUAUAAAACUCGUGCCACAGAAUUCGUUAUAGAGGGCGCUAAUACAAAAUUUCUGUCUGAAUUUUUGUGAGCUUUAAUUUUUCCUGUGUAUAUUAAAACAUAUCUCUUCUGAACGAGUAAUACAUGA